UUGGCCCGCUGUGUGGGAACGUCCGUAAGGAUGGAUUACGAUUUGCUCCACAAAUAAGUAUCAUGUGUAGGUUAACGAUCAAAAGAGUGUGAAACGAGCGACGUCUGGUGUAGUUUGCAAUUUUUGUACAUGAGUUCAGGAACUACUAUAGCAAACAUAUGGAAAAAGAACUAUUAAACACUGACAAAACAAAGCAAACAACCAAACUUUAGGAAAACGCACCGCAAAACAAAACGAAAAACAAACUAUAUCUACGCAAAGGUACACUAAGCUGUAAUAAUGCUGCAGCAAAUCUUGAGUGUUAAAUGCAGCGAUAGGGAAGAAUAUUCGUUUAUUUCGGAUCGGAUCCUUUCGAUCCCUUGUUCGAAUUUCGAAACCGUUUUAAAACGUCUCUUGCAUCUGUUUGAUUGUUAGUGUGUUGUGCAAAAUUCUAUCAGGUCGCCGGUAAGGCGUUAACCAUGGGCCUUCAGUUUUUCCCUUGUAUCGUUGAUGAUCUUUAUGGCUGAUAACCAUGCUGUUGUGUUUUUAAAUCUAAAUUAUCUCACUGGUCCGUGGGGCACAUUGAUAGAGUAAUUGUGUAAUCGAUACAGAAAAAUUGUUUUUGCUCGAGACAUGAAACUAGCAUUGACUUCAUUCCAAGAUGCUGGAAGAAUUCUUCGCGACUCGCCUGGCGUGCAACCUACUUGAGCAUUCCAUUUUAGGAAAAGGAAAGAGCACGCAGAUAAUCUGUUUCCCGAACCUGAAAGUCGCUGAGGGGAAGGGAUAAAUAUAUACUUACAUAACGACGGAAGACAUGUCAUUUUGAUCGGUUUUGUCCUAGAACGUAAGGAGUAUCAAUUACCAUUAGUAGUUGCGUGUAUUUUUUAUUUAAUUUGUUUAUUAUCUUUUUAUCAUCAUCUAACCAGCCCGAGAGAACGGUGCCCGUAUCGCAAGGAUAGAAGAAUCCUUUCUUUUUGAAUUCGAUUUGCAUUUAUUCGUUUCAUUAUUUCAUUUUCGCGUGCGCGUUUAAAAAUAGAUUUCUCAUUUCCAAUUGCCUUGCAGUAAUCGAUUUGUUAACGAGUAUUUUUCACCCUGACAGUAACAAGUAUUUUAUUGUGAGCACUUAUCCUUUACGAUCACCUUAUCAGUAUCAAUUUUUAUAACAUGUAUUUAUAGUUAAACCGAUCGCUUUUCACUGGAUGAUAUGUGUAUGGGUGUUUGCGUGCGUGAGUGUUUCUUAAGCUCUUCAGUCCCUUCCCAACAUUCUCGUGCCCUAGUUGAGAUACUUUCGCCUCGUUCGUUGCAAAGAAACAAAGCAAAACAAAGAAAAUGUAAAAGACACAAAAAUACGAUUAAAUUAUACAUGCGAAACACUAAGGCGUUAGCCACUGGUAGGGGGCAAGGAGAUGAUAGUGGCAGAAUGUUGUUGUGCCGCAGAGGGAGGGGAUUAUGAUGAAAAGGGGGAAAUCCACGGGGUGACAGAAGCACAUAAUCGGAUGAGUGAAAGAGAGCGAGAAAGAGGACGUAUCAAGCUGUAAUGAGAUCGCUGAAAAUUGAAAUUAUUUCAAAUAAAAAAUUACAAAAAAU